AUGAUCAUAUGGAUAGACAGGUUAAUGCACAGCUGAACGGGUGGAGGAAUUCUUGGAUGGGUGCACAGAUGAUGGAUGGAUGGACAAGUGGACAGACAGAUGGAUGGACAGCUGGUGAACAGCCUGUUGAGGCAGCCUGAGGGAUGGACAAACUGCUGUGGAACAAGCAAGAUCUUCUCCUGGUUGCUCCACCUUUCCAGGACUGCCCUGGGCACAGCCCUGCCCACCCCAGGAACCCACCGCAGCCGCCACCUCUGCCGGGGAGGCCCCGGGAGGAGGAAGAGGAGGAGCCGUCAGAGGCAGCGGGUGGAGGAAGCAGACCGUGCAGGUCGUGGUGCGGCCGGGGCAGGGAAGUUCUGGGAAAAGAAAGAACUUCUAAAAGUCAGUGACUAUUGCAUCCUUCUUCCUGGAAGGAGCUGUUAAUUUCUGCCCCUGCGCCAUCACCGAACUCUCCAAAUGCGUAAAUUCGGCGAGAGUCACCAAAAUCAACGGCAUUGCGACACGCCUCGACACGCUGAGCAGAGACAUUCACCUCCAAGGAAAGGGAAAACCCCGGUCGGUGCCGGGCUGUGCCUGCCAGGAAGGGGAGCCAGCGGGACAGAGGGGACUGUCCUGGGCGCGGCUGGCUGUGCCAGCCCCAGGGCUCUCGGUGUUCCCGUGGGUGCUAAGCCUGGUGUCCCCUACUUGGUUCAGCAGCCCAGUUUGUCACCCAGAGGUGUGGGUGAGUGUGAGCAGGCGGACGGAGCAUCUCCCGGAGCAGCGGGCAGUGCUGGGAUGCCGUGCACUUCCCACACCUCCAUCUUCCUCCUUCCAGGGUAGAUUUUUGCCUCCCACAGCUGGAUUUGGGAUGGGAAACCCCCCGUGGUGGCACACGGGUGACAUCCCCGUCCCCGCUGCCAGCCGCCCCUGCCCUCUUUUGCAUUGGGGUUUCGGGGCAGCCGGCGCUGGUUUCAGUUCACCUGUUGGGUGCUGAGCGGUGACACGGCAGGAACCAAAAGUCUGUUUCCCAAGGAGCCCAGGAUUGCCAGCCCGGGGUCCCGCCGGCUCCGGGCUCAGCGGUGGCACCGCGGCCUCCCCGGCUGGACCCACCCGGACUCCCUCGAGGAACUGACUCGAAGAACAUCCGAGCCCGGCCCCGUUUCCUCCCGCCCUUCUCACCCUGCACAUUGGCCCCGGACAGGCUGAAGUUCUCGCAGCCUUCCUCCCCGGGUGCCUCCUUCGCAGGGUGACUCGGGUGCGCUUUAAAAGCCGCGCUUCCCCAUCGCGGGCGCUGAAGGAAGUGGCUCUGCGCGCCGCAGCCCGGGCGCACACCCUGCCCCGGCCAUGCGGAGCGACGGGCGGCCCUGGGCGCUGCUGGCAGGUACGUGUGUGCCCGGGGCCGCGGGCCCGCCGCUCGGCCCGCCCGGCAGCGCCGGGGGAGCGCGGGGCCCCCGGGGCUGCGGAGCCGGCGAUGGCACCGAGCUCUGCCACGGCCGUGUCGCCUCCCUCGGGCGCUGGCGGGGACGGGGACAUUCCCCGCCGUGGCACAUGGGGAGCACUGGGAGUGGGCAGCCUGGGAGAGAGGGGAUGCCGGGAGCGGUAGGCGGGAGGGGACAGUUUGGGGACCAGUGGUGGGAGGUCAGGGGUCAGCUUGCCCGGAGGGACAGAGGCUGGUGUCAGCCCAGUGCCAUACCCAAAGUGCUGUGGGUGACAGAGGCACUGGGACAGUGACUGGCAGAGCUGGACAGCAGGACUGGACCCAGGAGUGUGGCUGCUGUCCCCUCCUUUGCGGUGGCCCGUGCUGGCAGGGGGAGCUGCUGGAGCAGCUGCUGUGGUUGGCCUGCGCAUCCCGGGCGCUCCACAGCACCUCCAGCACCUUCCUCCUCCUCCUCCUCCUGCCGGGUGCCCAGCAGGGUUUUGGCGCAGGGUCUGAGGUGCAGGCAGCACUCACUCCUGGCACAGGGAUGGUGAGCCUGUGAGAGAGGGCUGUCCCUGCACCCAGCGAUGUCCCAACGGCCCCUGACUCCCUCCUCUUCGUCCCCAGCUGUGGCCAAGGGGCUCCUCAUCCUCUGGGCAGUGCCGGGCCAGGGGGGCAGGUCCCCGCUGGCCCCCAGCGUGCAGCAGACCCAGGCGCUGGUGAGGCUCAUGGCCGAGGACGCGCAGGAGCUCUUCGCCUUCUACGAGAAGGAGCAGCACCUGGCCAUCCACAACAUGUGCCGCACCAACAACCCCCCCGAGUGGCUGCAGAGGCCGGCCAGGGGGCCCUGGGGGCUGCGGAGGCUGCGGAGGCCCAUGAUGCACAUGGAGCAGGCGCUGCAGGACAUCAUCCGCCAGCAGCGCGACCUCCACCACCCCGAGGCCGAAAUCCUUCGCCGCCUGAACGGGACCCACCUGAAGGUGCGAGCGCUCCUCAGCAACCUGGCGGGGCUCUUCCCGGCCCCCGGCCCCCGCCCCGGCCGCCGGCCCCUCCCCAGCCCCGCGGCAUCCCUCGGCAUCUUCCGACAGAAGCUGCAGGGCUGCCGGAUCCUCUGGAGCUACGCCCGCUUCAUGGCCGAGCGCAGCGCCGAGCUGGGCGCCGGGAGCCGCCGGACGCGCCGGGAGAACGGGAGAUGACCCCGGGGCUCGCGGCUGCCCGCUCGGCCCUAGGGCAGCCCCGCCGGCAGCUCCGUCAUCUCCAUCAUCUCCAUCUCCAUCCCACGGGAGGCGAUCCCAGCCCCGUUCCAGGAUGGAGAGGCAUCCGAUGGCCGGGAUGCCCCGCGGAGCCCCUCGCCCUCACCCGGGCGAGGGCUCGGAUGCACUGACAGCAUCUGCCGCCGCUUCGGCUCCUCGUGGGGACCCUGCUGUCCCCGAGCCGCCGCUGGGCUGCAGGACAGCCCUGCCUGGCUCUCCCACGUCCUGCCCCGCUCUCCCGCGGAUCCAGGUGGCCCCAGCGGAGCCGGGUGUCCCCCGGGUGCCCAGCUGCUCCCUGUCCCCGAGCCCUGCCGGAUUUUCCAGUGAUUCAAUGGGUCGGCUGACACAGCCUGACUCAGAGCUGCUCGCCCAGCACCGGCCCCGGGCCCGCGGAGAGCGCCGCUGCCACCGGCGGCUGUCACCGGUGUUGUCACCCCUGCCUGCCCGCCGCCAGCUCCGCUCCCAGUGAGGAGCUGGGAGUGCAAUCCCGGCACGGUCUGUGUCCCUCUGAGCCUGGUGUCCCCGAGCUCAGUGUCCCUUUGCACACCCCUGUGCUCUCAGUGUCCCCUGUGCUCUCGGUGUCCCUGUGCUCUCAGUGUCCCCAGGCUCACUCCUGCACACUAGGUGUUGCCAUCCUGUCCCCUCCGUGUCCCCCCGAGCCUCCCAGGCCGUGCCACCACAGCCCUGACUGUGCCCAGCAGGGGCUGGCUCUGGCCACUGCACUGUGACAGUGGGUGACAGCCCCCACUGCCUCCCCCUUAUUUAUACAUUAAUAUUUGUGUGUUCAUUGUAUUUAUUAAUUGUUAGGGUUAAUUUAACUCCUACAGCUUGCAGAAGUAUUUAAGGACAUUUCUAAUAUAUAAAUAUCUAUUUUUAUUGUAUUUUUUUUACGGUGUUAAACUAUGAACAUCACAAGGAUUUAUUUAUGUAUUGAUAUUUUUGGUACACAGAGAUGGGCAGUGCCCCCGCUCAUGUGGCACUUCUUUAUUUUUGUACAACGGCAGAAGGAA